AUGGCAGAAGAGGGAAAAUACGCUAACGCAAACCCUGAGAACUUUCAUAUGAGUCCCACUUCUCAAGUAAAUUCAGGAACACAGGAGAAAAUCUACGCCAAUGAGAAACCGUGUGGCAGACCUGAGAGGGUUACAGCCUCCAAACCCUCUGGAGCGGUGAAGAACUACUCUAGAUGGGUCACUGUGUGUCUGAGACUGCUGUGUGUUCUGCUGCUAGCACUCAACAUAGGAUUGGGUAUUAAAUACUUUCUAGAGAAAUGCCAGCUACAGGCUGAGAGGGAGCACCUGCUAGCAAGCCAUGUGAAGAUCACCGUGGAAAGAGACCAGGUAUUGGCCAGUAAUACCGACCUGACCAGAGAGCUGGACCAGCUACUCAGCAGCAAUGACCAGCUUCAAGACAGAAUCUCUAAACUGGAAAAGAGAUGUUCCUCUGGAAGCAAUGUGAAUAUCAGCAUGGAAAGAGAUCAGGCAUUGGCCAGUAAUACCAACCUGACCAGACAGAUGGACCAGCUACUCAAAGCCAAUGACCAGCUUCAAACCAGAAUCUCUAAACUGGAAAAGAGAUGUCCCUCAGGAUGGAGAUACUUUAAUACCAAAUGUUACUUCAUCUCCUCUUCAAUAAGAACGUGGUCUGAAAGCAGACAACAAUGCAAAGACAGUGGAGGAGACCUGGUGAUCAUCAACAGCAAAGAGGAGCAAGUUUUCAUUUAUGGAUUGGAAAUAUACAGGGCCUGGAUUGGACUGGUGUACAAGCAGGGUGUGUGGGAAUGGAUGGACAACACACAGUUGUCCACAAGCUACUGGGAUCAAAGACAACCCAAUCGUGACGAUGAGGACUGUGUUCUCAUUGCUGCUGAUAAAGGUGAAACAUUCUCUAGCUGGCAUGAUUACCCAUGUAGUGACAAACAUUAUUUCAUUUGUGGGAUUCCUGCAUACAUGUAACACCUAAGGCACCUUUAAGAAAUGUGCAUGGAUACUGUGUGAACUUAUUGAUUUUUCACGACACUCUGUGUGUUUUUAACUUAUUGAUGCGACAUCUAAUUCAUACCUGUAUGAACAAAUAAGUGAGAGAAUAAAAGGUACAUUGUUGUAUCUCAGUGAAGAAUGUAAAAAUGAACUACUGCUUAACAACUGAAAGUGAAGACCAAGAUUGCUGAUAUUUCUAUACUGUAUAUUGAUUAAUGUAUGACAAGUCUGUGAAAUAUAUUUUAUAUAUUCAUGUGCUUCAUCAUGGAAACUGCAUAGCAAAAAUAAUGUUCUACAUUGUCCCUAGAGCUUCUGAAUUACCUUGUUGUUUAACGUUUUCUGGUUUAUUGAUGGUAGAUUGCCAC